AUGGCAGAAGCCAUUAUUUUGCCUCUGGCAAAAACCCUUCUAGACAAGCUAGUUUCCUUCCCAGUUGAUCUUGCCUUGGAAAAUGUUACUGAAGAAAUCAAAGCAGCCAAGUCUGUUGAAAAAGAUGUCAAGAGCAUACAUGACAAUCUCAUUGCCAUUUGCGCUGUCCUUCGAGAUGCUGAUGCGAAACAGUAUGCUAGUCAUGCCAUCAAGGUCUGGUUGAGGGACCUGAAGAGUGUUGUUUAUGAGUUAGAUGACCUCUUGGAUGAAGUAGCUUAUGAUGCUUUGCUACGAACUGUCAACAAAGGCCACUUUCACGCCCAACUUAGGUACUAUCUUUCCCCUUCCUCAAAUCCUCUCAUUUCUCGCAUUCAUUUGAGUCACAAGAUUAAAGAUCUUCGUGAAAGACUUGCAAGUGUGGUAGCUAAGAAGAACGCCUUUGGAUUGACGGAAAAUCCCGUUGAAGCCCCAGUUGUUGAAAGAGAUCUUUUCAAUGAUUGUUCCUAUGUGAAUAAAUCAGCUAUUGUUGGAAGAGAAGAGGCUAAAAUAGAAGUUAUAAAUAGGAUGUUAGCUCAUGGUAAGGUUGUUGAAUGCCCUUAUGUUUUGCCUUUAGUUGGGAUGGGUGGCAUUGGAAAAACUACAUUAGCUAAAUUAGUAUAUGAUGAUUUGGGUGGUGAGCACUUUGAUCUGAAAUUGUGGGCAUGUGUCUCUGAUACAUUUAAUAAAACCAAGUUAUUAGAAGACAUUAUAAAAGAUGCUAGUGGCGAUGUUAUUUCUAACCUCACACUAGGACAAUUAGUGCAAAAAAUUCAAAGUUUAUUGAAUGGAAAUAAAUACUUUCUUGUACUUGAUGAUAUGUGGUUUGAAGAUAGAUCUGAAUGGUUAGAGUUAAAAAGCAUUUUUGAGGUUGGGAAAGUUGGAAGUGUCAUUCUGAUCACUACAAGAAGCACACAAGUUGCUUCAAUUACUCAGACUAUGCCAGAAUACAAUUUGGAUAGGCUUUCAGAUGAUGUUUGCUUGUCAAUCUUUAAUCGAUUAGCAUUCAUGGAAGGUGAAGAAAAUACAUAUCCCAAUCUCCAUGAUAUUGGAAGGUCUAUUGUUAAAAAAUGUGUUGGGAUUCCACUCGUUGUUAAAAGUAUAGGUAGUAUGUUAUACAGGGUUAGGGAUGAACGAGAGUGGCAACGAAUUAAUGAUGUAGAUGGCCUUACAAACUUGCAGGAAGAACACAACAAAAGAGUGUUGAAACUCUUGAGAUUAAGCUAUGACAAACUUCCAUCCCAUCUGAAACCCUGCUUUGCCUAUUGUGCGCUAACCCCAAAGGAUUGUAUUCUCUACGCAAUUACUAUGACCUAUCUAUGGAGUGCACAUGGAUUGUUGGAACUUCAAGAUGAAAAAUAUGAAAUUGAAGAUCGCAGAUGCGCAACUAUGAUGGAAUUGGUAUCAAGAUCGCUCCUUCAGCAGCCGGAUAUUGCGUCUGAUAGGACCUUGUAUAGCUGUAAAAUACAUGAUCUUCUGCACGAUCUAGCUGUAGAUAUUAUGGGGGAAGAGUUAGCUAAUGUAACUCAUAAUAAGAUACAAGUUUCAGAAUUGACAAAGCACAUCAUUUGGACUAGGAGCUGCAAACGGUUGACGGACUUCCCUAAAGACCUUGUCAAAGCAAAUAAGGCCCGAACAUUUAUGUUUUCUUGCCAAAUGAACCAUGUUAGUCUAUCCUUUCUUGAAGGUGUCAUAUCCAACUUCAGCUUCUUACGCUUCGUGGACUUUUCUACAUGUAAGUUUGAAGAGUUGCCGAGGUCUAUUGGGAAUUUGAAGCACUUGAGAGUUCUUGACCUAUCGUUCAAUCCUCUCCUAAAAUCACUUCCUGAUACAAUAUGUAAUUUACUGAACUUACAGAGCUUGGAACUUUCAUAUUGCGAGCAACUAGAAGAGUUACCCAAGAAGAUAUACAGGUUGCUAAAUUUAAGGUUUUUUGUUAUUACUACAUGUCAAAGGAGUUUGGUUGGCACCAAAUUUAACAAAUUAAGAUCUCUCCGUAUCUUGGUGAUCAGUGGUUGUAAGGGAUUAGUAUCGUUAUGGGAUGACAUCGAUGUUGGACACCUAACUUCCAUUCGGCGUUUAUACAUCUUUAAUUGCCCAAUGUUGACUAGGCUGCCGAACAACUUGAAGCUAUUGGAUGUCCUUGAGGAUUUGGAUAUUAUUAAUUGUCCAGCUUUGGAACUAGAGGAAAAUGAAUGUCUGAGCGGCUUCAAAAGGCUUCAAACAUUAAGCAUCUCGGAGCUUCCGCAGCUGACACGUAUACCAGAUGGUAUUCAAUCAGCUGCAACUUCUCUUCAAUAUCUGGAAAUUGAAGACUGUGGCAAUAUCAAGCAGCUUCUGGACGGCUUGGAGCACUUUGUCGUGCUUCGUGGGAUUAUCAUCUCCAAGUGUCCUAAUUUGUUGGCUCUGCCAAAGGGGAUUCGAAAACUCAAUGCUAUGCAAAACAAUACCAAUCGAGGAGGAGACAGGAGGGGAGAACACAAUCGAACUCCACGAGGAAGAGGCAAACGACCUGUCGUGGCAGAUAGUUCGAGUUCUGAGGAAGAAGAAGUUUUUGAAGAGGAACGUAAUGAGGAAGGUAAUAAUGCUUUUAAACAUGAUUAUAGAGUAAAAGCAGAUAUUCCAUUAUUUUAUGGAAAUAUAGGAGUGGAGGAAUUUAUGGAUUGGCAGAUUGAUGUCGAUAGAUUCUUCGAAGUUAUGGAGGUUCCUCAAAAUAAACAUGUUAAGAUGGUGGCGGUUAGGUUGAAGAGUAUUGCUGCUGUUUGGUGGUGUAACAACCCAGAGUUUUAA